AUGUCUCACGACGCUCGUAUCAACUCACCGCCACCUUCUCCAUCCAAGGAAGAAGAAUUUCGUGCUUCUAAGCGUCAAAAGCCUGAGACUUCCUUCUCUAAACAAGGGUGUCAGAACGCAGUUGUCCCAAGCUUGAAGGACAUCGCCAACGCCCCAGACCUAACCAUCCUCGUCGGGCCCUGUGCUCAACCAUUCGACGUCCACCAAUCCGUCAUCCUCCCAAAAUCUCCAAUGCUCGCCUCCUUCUCUCGAACCAUCGCAACCCCACCUUUUCCAAAAAUCAAAGAAAUCACUCUUCCCGAGCUUUCACCUUACUCGUUCAAAAUCAUCCUUUCAUACCUCUACAACGGAAAGUCUUCGCUCAAAAAACUAAAGACAGACGAAGAUAUCUUGCAAGCAUAUGAAGCUGCAGAUUAUUUGAUCAUGAAGGAGAUGAAGAGUGAGAUUUUGGAGUAUGUUGCUGAAGUUGUUGAGGAGGAUGGGAAGCUUGGUGAUAAGGGGGAGAAGUUGCUUCCUUUUGAGAUGAAUUUGCUUAGGGAGCUUUGUGUCUUUUCGCAGAAGACUGAGGCUCAGGGGUUGGCUAAGAUAUUGGAGGCUUAUAUUAAGGGAAAUCCUGAGUUGAAGGUCAUCCAGUACGAGGACUCUGAUGAUGGAGAAGGAGGUUAUGAAGAGAACGAAGAAGAAGAGGAUGAGGAGGAGACUCUUGGGUUGGAGUUGUACCUUCAGGUUUGGGAAGAAGUCCUGAAUAUGAAGCUGACCGAAGAUGAAGACGAGGAGCAGAAUGGUAGUGAUACCUUGAUUGGGGAAAUGGCGAUGUGGGGAUGUGAAGAGGAAGACGAGGGUGUUUGGAAGGAGGAAGAGGAUACUCUUUUUUGA